AUGGCCACAGCGUUGGCCACCCUCCCAAACGGGGUACCGCCGCAGAAUGGGGUAGACCCGCCCAAAGAUGUGAUUCCGUUAAAGAUUUAUACGGCUUCCAUUACUGCUAAUCCCGAGGUAAUCCUUUUUUCUUGAAAUUUUACAUAUUUUAAUUUGAUGUCAACCCUCGUAUUUUACAAUAAUUUUCUUUCAGAUUCGAAAAAAUAUGCAAAAAUCGAUGAUGAUUUUGGAAGGGAUGGGCGUACCCUACAGAGCAAUUGACGUGACGAUCCCGGGAAACGAAGCAGAGCGCGAUUUUAUGCGAGAAAAGGCGACCAAGCCCGGGAUGAAUGGCCCUCCAAUGCCGCCGCAGUUCUUCUUCAACGAAGAGUACCUGGGGGUACGUUGAAAAGGAGUUUAUUUUUUAUCCUGUUAUCAGUCUGCCGGACAAAUAAUGAGCACAAUUUUCGCUUUGGUGACUGUGUGGCUGAAGUGAAAAGCAAUUUGAUUUUGCUGCGACACGAUUUAUUUUCUCGGCGGCGAUCACAAUUUUUGAUGCAACAGUGCUCAUUAUUUUCCCGACAGGUUAUUUACGUAAUAGUAUUUUUUCCAACGUCCGGAUUUGUUGAAUAUAUUUGCAUUUUAUUCUUCAGAAUUACGAUGACUUUGAGUUCUCCGUGGAAUGCAAUGUUAUGGAAGAAUGGCUUCGAUUAAUUCCUCCGGCGGUAAGUUAUAAAAGUGUUACAAAUUUCGCUAACAAAAUUAAUUGGGGGUAUUUUACAACUUCUGAAUUUUUAUUUUCCCAACAAGUUCGUUCGCAAAAUCGCUGGAUUAAUUUUUGGCACUUGCACUGUGCAGAAGUCGGGGUGCGGGCGGCGCCCGAAAAAAGCCUAUUACACGGUGCAAUGUGAAAUUUUAUCUUCGCACAGUGCAUGUCGCGAAAGCCACUCUGGCGACUUUACGAACGGACUAAUCGAGAGUCAAAUAAAACACAGAAAAUUCAAAAAUCUCAUUGAUACUUUUUCACACAUUUUAUCGACAUCCUUUUAUUAUCUCAUCUUUCAAUUAGCUAAAAGAAAAAUUAUAUAUUUUUCCCAAAAAGUGCGGUACAUGUCGCGAAAAUUACAAUAGCGAAAGGACUAGUAUGAUAACAAACCUUUAUUGAGCAUGCUUUUUUAAUUAAUUCUUUGUUUUUUCAGCCUCCAAAAGUCGAAAAACCCCCAGCUCCUCCAGAUGAAGAAGAAGAUGUAAGUUGAAAAAAAUCGUUUUUUUAAUUGAUCCUUAACGUUUAGGAAGAUGAAGACUAUGAAGAUGAAGACUACGAAGACGAAGAUUGGGAAUAUGAGGAUGAAGAUGAAGAAGAAGAGGAGGAGGAUGAAGAAGACGAGGUCGAAGAGCCUGAAGUAAAACCAAAGAAAGCAAAAUUGGAUGAUAAAGACGUGAAGAAAACUGCAGAUAAAACGAAAGCAAGUGCCGAUAAAGAUAAGAAGACUUCUGAGAAAGCCAAAAGCAGUAGCGAUAAGACUAAAUCAGCUGCAGAUAAGACUAAAACCAGUGCUGAUAAAGCAAAAUCAUCAUCGACAGACAAGGCAAAGACGAGCUCCGACAAAGAGAAGACAAAAUCGUCAGCGGACAAAGUCAAGACGACAACGGAUAAAGAAAAGAAACCGUCCAGUAGCGACAAGACGAAGGAGUCAGGCGAUAAGAAGGCGAGUUCCAGCGACAAAACAAAAUCAUCGACCGAUAAGGCCAAGGCAAGUGCAGAUAAAGAAAAGACAAAGUCGUCUGCUGAUAAAACAAAGCCUACUGACAAAACCAAGACGUCUUCUUCGACAGAGAAGAAGUCCAGCUCAGCGACGGAUAAAAAACCAUCUGCAAGCGCCGAUAAAACCAAGACUUCCAGCUCAACCGAGAAAAAGACUUCUAGUACAGACAAGACGAAGACUUCAGCUGAAAAGAAACCAUCUUCAAGCACGGAUAAAACGAAGACAUCGAGUUCAGCAGAGAAGAAGAGCAGUUCGAGCACGGACAAGACCAAAACGAGCUCAUCGACGGAGAAGAAACCCUCAAGUACAGCUGAGAAAAAGAGUAGUUCUAGCGGUAAGUAAUGAUUUUAAAACUUUCUUGUCUGCUCUGCGUCACGUUAUAAAGUCAAAAACAUAUGGAUCAAAUAACCAAUAAGAGAAUUACUCUCAAGUGCGACGCUUAGAUUUUGAUGAAACUUGGCACAAACUUAGAUUUAACAUUUUCGAAGACAUAUGAGAGUCUCCUGGCUCGCGCCUUGCACAAACGACCGAGAUUUUUAAAAGAGAGUUUUUUACAAAUCGAAGGAUGGCCCGGACAUUUCGAAAAAACGACCGACCCAGAAUCUUUUGAUAUUUUGCAUAGUUGUUGUACCAUGAUAGCUAAACGUCAGCACGAAUUUUUAGUUUCGGAAAUUACCGUAUACGGGGGUUACGGUAGGUACAAUUUUUAGAAAGAUUGGGUUCGUAUGUAAAAACCUUAAGGAGGAAAGGCACAAAACCUCGCCGUUUUACGUUUUUGACCAUGGGGAACAUUUUCAUAAUUGACAACUUUGCCGUAGGAUGUUGCCUUCGACUACUUUGAAAAAUACCAAGGUACCAUAUUGAAUGUAACUUUUUUGCAGAGAACUUGUCUCAACUUUUGAAACCUCUCAAAAAUACGUUGACAUGUAUGGAACAAUAUAUCAAAAAUUUAGAAAAAUAAAAGGGGGGGUUUUGGAGUUACGGUACUUUGAAUGUUGCCGGUACGGUAUAUCAAAAAAUUAUUUUUUUUAAAUCGGUGUAAAAGACCCGCAAAAAUUGCCAAAAGACGUUUUCGACCAUGGCGAACAUUUUUGUAAUUGACACUUUUUUUGUAGGAUGUAGUCUUCGCCUACUUCGAAAAUGACCCAGAUACCAUGUGUAAUGUAACUUUUCGGCAUUCUACUUGUCUCAACUUUUGAAACCUCUCAAAAAUACGUUGACACGUAUGGAACAACAUAUCAAAAAUUUAGAAAAAUAAAAGGGGGGGUUUUGGAGUUACGGUACUUUGAAUGUUGCCGGUACGGUAUAUCAAAAAAUCAUUUUUUUCGAAAUGGGUGUAGAAGACCCGCAAACAUUGCUAAAAUACGUUUUCGACCAUGGCGAACAUUUUUGUAAUUGACAGUUUUGUUCUAGGAUGCAGCCUUCGACCGGUUUGAGAAAUGUCAAGAUACCAUGUUCAAUAUAACUUUCCGGCAUUCAACUUGUCUCAACUUUUGAAACCUUUCAAAAACACCUUGACAUAUGUGUAACAACAUAUCAAAAAUUUAGGAAAAUAAAAGGGGGGGGUUUUGGAGUUAUAGCACUUUGAAUGUUGGACAUACAGUACACCUCGAUUUAUUCUCGGCUUAACUUUACGUAGAUUAUUUUAAAAACAAAAUGUAAUGUUUUAUCUAUGUUGUACGACCCUCACAAACUAUUUUCACAAAAAAAAUCAAAAAAACUAGACCUAAGCAUACUGUAACAUAUCGUGCGCAGAUGACUGGUUACUGUAACAGCAAGAUCAGAGAUUUCUUAAUUUUUUUGUAACAAUUGACACGGUUUAGAGACGUGUGUGCCAUACGACGGUGGAAUCUAUCAAUAUCGGAUGUCAGCAUCACAGAAAAAGUUUGGUGUACUGUAUUUCCAACAUUCAAAGUGCUAUAACUCCAAAACCCCCCCUUUUAUUUUCCUAAAUUUUUGAUAUGUUGUUACACAUAUGUCAAGGUGUUUUUGAAAGGUUUCAAAAGUUGAGACAAGUUGAAUGCCGGAAAGUUAUAUUGAACAUGGUAUCUUGACAUUUCUCAAACCGGUCGAAGGCUGCAUCCUAGAACAAAACUGUCAAUUACAAAAAUGUUCCCCAUGGUUGGAAACGUAUAUUGGCAAUGUUUGUGGGUCUUCUACACCCAUUUCGAAAAAAAUGAUUUUUUGAUAUACCGUACCGGCAACAUUCAAAGUACCGUAACUCCAAAACCCCCCCUUUUAUUUUUCUAAAUUUUUGAUAUGUUGUUCCAUACGUGUCAACGUAUUUUUGAGAGGUUUCAAAAGUUGAGACAAGUAGAAUGCCGAAAAGUUACAUUACACAUGGUAUCUGGGUCAUUUUCGAAGUAGGCGAAGACUACAUCCUACAAAAAAAGUGUCAAUUACAAAAAUGUUCGCCAUGGUCGAAAACGUCUUUUGGCAAUUUUUGCGGGUCUUCUACACCGAUUUAAAAAAAAAAAAUAAUUUUUUGAUAUACCGUACCGGCAACAUUCAAAGUACCGUAACUCCAAAACCCCCCCUUUUAUUUUUCUAAAUUUUUGAUAUGUUGUUCCAUACAUGUCAACGUAUUUUUGAGAGGUUUCAAAAGUUGAGACAAGUUCUCUGCAAAAAAGUUACAUUCAAUAUGGUACCUUGGUAUUUUUCAAAGUAGUCGAAGGCAACAUCCUACGGCAAAGUUGUCAAUUAUGAAAAUGUUCCCCAUGGUCAAAAACGUAAAACGGCGAGGCUUUGUGCCUUUACUCCUUAAGGUUUUCACAUACGAACCCAAUCUUUCUAAAAAUUGUACCUACCGUAACCCCCGUAUACGGUAAUUUCCGAAACUAAAAAUUCGUUCUGACGUUCAGCUAUCAUAGCACAUCAACUAUGCAAAAUAUCAAAAGAUUCUGAGUCGGUCGUUUUUUCGAAAUGUCCGGCCCUUGUUAUGAGAAGCUUCAAUCUGUAAAAAACUCUCUUUUAAACUGGAAUUUGGCAAAAAUGUGUUUUUUGGCGAAUUUUGGCGUAAAGGUGUCAUGCCUAUUUCUACCGUAAAGUGUAAUAUUUCCACAAAAAUUUUUUUUUUCGCUCAGAACUGGCAUAGAUAUUGCUAAGUGUUUCCUCUCCGACUGCACUUCGCGUUUUACGUACUCUCUCUGCCGCGAAGAUCGUAAAAACCCUGUAAAAACUAUUACUCCAUACUUACUUACAUCUUCUUUUUCAGCAGAGAAAAAACCAUCCAGCACUGCCGAAAAGAAACCUUCUUCAACAGAGAAGAAGGCCACGACGGAAAAGAAGAAAACCGAUGCUGAUAAAACAAAAACCGCUGAAAAGAAGGCCGAUGAUAAAAAGGUUGAAGAGAAGAAGGUAAAAACUCCGGAAGAAAAGAAGAAAGCCGAAGAGGCCAAGAAAAAGAAGGAAGAAGAGAAGAAAAAGGCCGAGGAGAAGAAAAAGAAAGAAGAAGAGGCUAAAACGAAGAAAGAAGAAGAGGAGAAAAAGAAGAAAGAAGAGGAGGAAAAGAAGAGGAAAGAGGAAGAAGAGAAGAAAAAGAAAGAACAAGCCAAGAAGGAUGAAGAGGUCGAUGAUGAAGAAGAAUAUGAAGAUGAAGAGUGGGAGGAUGAAGAUGAAGACGACGAAGUGGCUGCUGCAAUGAGGGCUAUUGCUGAGAAACGAGCAAAAGAGAAGGAGCGGAUGAAUGCGUUGUUGGGGCUGGGUCCAAGUUUAACGGCGAAGAAAACAGAAGAUGACAAGAAGAAGAAAGAGGAGGAAGAAAAGAAGGCGAAAGAAGCAGAAGAUAAAAAGAAGAAGGAUGCUGAAGCCAAGAAAAAGAAGGAAGAAGAAGAUAAGAAGAAGAAAAAGGAGGAAGAAGACAAAAAGAAAAAAGAUGAGGAAGCCAAGAAGAAAAAGGAGGAGGAAGACAAAAAGAAGAAAGAAGCCGAGGCUAAAAAGAAAAGGGAAGAAGAAGAGGCUAAGAAAAAGAAGGAUGAGGAAGCCAAAAAGAAAAAAGAAGAGGAGGCAAAGAAAGCAAAGGAGGCAGAGGCUAAAAAGAAGAAGGAAGAAGAAGCCAAGAAAAAGAAGGAAGAAGAAGAAGCCAAGAAAAAGAAAGAAGCUGAAGCGAAGAAGAAGGAAGAAGAGAAGAAGAAAGAAGAAGCCAAAAAAGACGAAGAAGUUGACGAUGAAGAGGAAUACGAAGAUGAAGAAUGGGAAGAUGAGGACGAAGAUGAUGAAGUAGCCGCCGCAAUGCGAGCUAUUGCCGAAAAACGGGCAAAGGAACAGGAGCGAAUGAAUGCGUUAUUAGGAAUCGGAGUUAAGAAGGACGAUAAGAAAAAGGAGGAAGAGGAGGCAAAGAAGAAGAAAGAAGCUGAAGAAAAGAAGAAGAAAGAGGAAGAGGCUAAGAAGAAGAAAGAAGCAGAGGAGAAAAAGAAGAAGGAGGAAGAAGAAGCUAAGAAAAGGAAAGAAAAAGAAGCCAAGAAAAAGAAAGAAGAAGAAGCCAAGAAAAAGAAGGAAGAGGAAGAAAAGAAGAAAACAGAAGAAGCCAAGAAGAAAACGGAGUCAUCAAAGGAUAAAUUGUCAACCAUAACAACUAAGGCAAGAUCGCGAUCAACAAGUAAAGUCAGGUCGAAAGAAGGCGAAAAGACCGACAAAGCGGAGGUCAAGACAACCUCAAAACUUUCACCAUCAACGGCGGAAAAGUCCCGAGAACGAUCGGUGUCAAAGACGAGAGACAGUGCAACGAAACCUGAUGACAAAGAGAAGAAGACUUCAACGACAGAGAAAAAAGUUAGCUCCAGUAAGACCUCCUCAGCAGAAAAGAAACCUAGUUCGACAAGUUCGGCGGAGAAGAAGGCAUCAAGUAGUACGGAGAAGAAGCCAUCAAGUGCUACAAAAACAAGUGCUAGCGCGGAGAAACCGCCGAGUUCAACAGAAAAGAAAGCUAGUUCCACUACAGCCGACAAGAAGCCUAGUUCUUCAAGUACAGCGGAGAAGAAGCCGUCAAGUAGCAGCAAAACGGGUAGUAGCACUGAGAAAAAGUCUUCCUCAUUGACAGAGAAGAAAGUUUCUUCAACGUCAGGGAAAACACCGUUGACUGAAAAGAAGCCUUCAAGCAGUAGUAAGGAGAAGACGUCUAGUACCGCGACAUCCAGCGAAAAGAAGGCAACGUCAAGCAGCUCCAAAGAAAAAGCAGCUUCAGCGAGCGUCAGUAAAGAGAAAAGUCCCGCGGUAGUUAAAGAAAAAACAAGUACUACUAAAGAGAAGACCAGCAGCUCGACAGAGAAGAAGGUAGCUAGCAGCAAGGAUAAGGCGGCUUCUUCCACUGAAAAGAAAGCUGAAACCAAAGAUAAGAGCGAUGAAAAGAAGCCCUCAACAAAAGAAAAGACCGCUGAGAAGAAAGCUGAAGCAUCGUCGACGGAAAAGAAGAGCUCAUCGACGAAAAUAUCGCCGGAUGAACCGAAGAAACGGUCCGCCAGCAAAACUAGAGAUAAGUCUGCGACCCGGAAGGUGGUGAAGAAGGAAGACAAGACAGAGGAGAAGACGGAGGAAAAGAAAAAAGAUACUGAUGACAAGAAGAAGAAAGAUGAUGACGAUAAGAAGAAGAGAGAAAAGGAAGAGGAAGCUAAGAAAAAGAAGGAGGAAGAAGCCAAGAAAAAGAAGGAAGAAGAGGCCAAGAAAAAGAAAGAAGAAGAGGCUAAAAAGAAGAAGGAAGAAGAAGCGAAGAAAAAGAAGGAAGAAGAAGCUAAGAAGAAGAAGGAAGAGGAAGCCAAGAAAAAGAAGGAAGAAGAAGAAAAGAAGAAAAAAGAGGAAGAAGCCAAGAAAAAGAAAGAAGAAGAAGCCAAAAAAGACGAAGAGCUAGACGAUGAAGAGGAAUACGAGGAUGAAGAAUGGGAAGAUGAGGACGAAGACGACGAAGUUGCCGCAGCAAUGCGAGCAAUUGCUGAGAAACGAGCUAAAGAGCGGGAAGCCAUGGCCAAGCUCCUGGAACGGAGGUUUUAG